GUUUCAAUAAUUAAAAAUAAAAUUCUUUCUAUUUUCCUUUUUAUAGGGCAAUUAUUAGCAAGAAAAUUUAAUUUAUACGGUAAAUUAACAUCAUCCAUUGUUGAUCAAGAUCUUUUACAUGGUUAUAUUGAUGGUGUUGUUUCAUGUGCAUAUACUGAUGUUAUAUUAAAUAGUUUUCUAUGUAUAGGAUCUAUGGUAGAUUUUAGUGAUGAAAAUAAUCUAAUGUAUCGUUUAACAAAAAAUAUUUCAAAUGUGUUAAAAUUAUUAAAUAAUUUACUUAAAAAAAGUUCAACAUCAUUUUAUUAUGAUCAAUUAGAACCAACUAUUGCUGAUUAUUUUGUUUUUGAAGCAUUUACAAUAGCACGUGAUUAUCAUCAUAAAUUAAUACCGAACGAAGAAGAUUGUCAAGAAUUGAUGAAACUUGAACAAAUUAUGAAAGAACGACCAGGAUUAGCUAAUUAUUUUAAUAAACACUUAUUAUUUAAACGUUUUACAGGAUCUCUAACAGAAAGUGAAUAUUUGGCAAAACUUGUUGACAGACAUAAAUAA